CGCCCCUUCAAUCGCGACGUGGGGAUCGUGCCGAGCCUUGAUGAUACCUACAAGAUACUGACCAGGAGGAGUGGUAAGGUUUGGAGAAAUUACUGUUCGUUGUUGUGGUUCGUCACUGUCGGUAUGCUAAUCAGCCCCGCUUCUGCACAAGGGAAUGAUACAAUAAUAUCCACCGGUGCAAUUGCUGGAAUAGCUGUAUCUGCUGCUUUAGUUGUGUCUAUUGUGGCUAUUGUCGUUGUUAUUGUUGUGUGUAUUGGUAAGUUGAGAGGAGAGAUGAUGCAUGGGAAAAGUUCUCUUGUCAUUUUUUUAAAUUGUCUAUAGCAAGACCAGUGAAAUUGUAGUAAUGAACCCUCUAGGCAGAUAGCAUAAUUAUGGGAAUGGAUCCAGAGAAGUGUCCAUGUCUCAAAAAAGGUGGUACUACUGAAAAGAGAGAUCGCGAGCGCCCAAUUUAUCGAGGUA